UAUAAUUCACUACUCUCCAUCGUUCACACCUUCACCAUGGGAAACAUGAAGAUGCACCAGCUGGCUUGUGGAUUUUGGGAGCAAGAACCAUUGCUCUCUCUUGGCUGUAAGCGUUUACGCCCUCUUGCUCCAAAGCUACACUCCAACUCUACUUAUACUACCGUCUCCUCUUUCGACCUUAAGAGCUUCAUUAGGCCCGAUAGCGGCCCUCGGAAACUUGGCAAUGGCCCCUCUGAAGACAACAACCGACAUUCUCCUCCGGUGGAAACGCACCCAGGAGGUACGCGGUGGAAUCCAACGCAAGAGCAGAUAGGGAUUUUGGAGAUGUUGUAUCGGGGUGGGAUGCGAACUCCAAACGCACAACAAAUAGAACAAAUCACUGAGCAGCUAGGGAAGUACGGCAAGAUCGAAGGCAAAAACGUGUUCUACUGGUUCCAAAACCACAAAGCACGGGAGAGACAAAAGCAGAAGCGAAGCAGCCUUGGACUCACCCAUUGUCCCAGAAGCUCUGCUCCCAUUACUCCAAUAACUUUGGAUACUAGGGAGGAAACAAUGGAAAGAGAGGAAGAUAGUCCAUGUAAGAGGAAGUGCAGAAGCUGGUCAUUUGAGGAAAAAGAUAGCAGAUCGUCAAGUAAAGAAGAUGAAAAUAGAACUCUGGAGCUCUUCCCAUUGCACCCGGAAAGCAGAUGAAUGAUGAUGAUGGUGGUGAUUGUGUAGCUUUUUUUUUCUAUCCCUAUCUUCUUUUGUUGCAGGGAAGAAGAAAGAUACAAAGUUGUCUCCAUGUACUCUAAUGCCUUAUUUAUUCCUGACUUGAGAACCAAAUCUAUUACUCUCUUUAUUAUUUCUCUGAUCAUCAGCUGGUGAAAUGAGUUGUUUUGGGUGAGUGAUCCAUCCUUGCUGAUUAUGGGAUGAACAUAAUAAACUUGUUGAAAUGGAUAGGUUUUAGCUUGAAA